AAGAACCCUUUUGAUUCGCUAAGACCUGUCGGUUUCACACACUUCAGUGAACUGAAGUCCCCAAUGCUGCGCCGGUGGCAAGUCUUUCAAGGCAGCAUCAAUCAAACAUACCGCACCAUGGCAACUUUGGAGCAGGCCAAGGAGAUCUUCAGAUGUGCAGAUGCCGUGUGCUUCGAUGUGGACAGCACGGUCAUUCGCGAGGAGGGCAUUGAUGAGCUGGCCAAGUUCUGUGGAGUCGGUGAUGCAGUCACAGAAAUGACGCGCAAUGCCAUGGGUGGGUCAGUUACCUUCAAGACUGCGUUGACGGAGCGCCUGUCCAUCAUCAAGUGCUCUCGGGAACAAGUCAACAAGCUCAUCACUGACCAUCCUCCCCAGUUGACGCCAGGUAUUAAGGAUCUUGUGGAGAGGCUACAUGAGAGAAAUGUGAAGGUCUUCCUUAUCUCGGGCGGCUUUCGUUGUAUUGUGGAGCAUGUAGCCAGCCAGCUGGGAAUACCACAUGACCGCGUCUAUGCAAACCGGCUCAAGUUCUACUUCAAUGGUGAAUAUGCUGGUUUUGAUGAGACGCAGCCCACGGCUGAGUCGGGUGGUAAGGGCAGGGUGAUCAGCAUGCUGAAGAAGGAGCAUGGCUUUGAGAAGGUGGUGAUGAUCGGCGACGGAGCCACGGACCUGGAGGCCUGUCCUCCUGCUAGUGCCUUCAUCGGUUUUGGUGGGAAUGUUGUAAGGCCACAAGUGAAGGAAAGAAGCAUAUGGUACGUCACAAGCUUCGGAGAACUGCUGAAGGAACUGGAGAAGAUUUAACUUCAACCUGGAACGAGCCGCGUUGAUGCUCUCUCCGACAUUCUUCACCCAAGUGCCGCGCUUGAACUGCAUUGUACAGUAAUUGUGCGUGUGCCUUUUUUUCCUAGAACUUUUUUCCCCCCAUGCAGUUUUAGUGAGGUGUACCUUCUGUACGCAUGAACUGUAAUUGUUACAGAAUUGAAAGCAUUUUAUAUGACUCAAGUUUACAUACGACAAAAGAGGCCUUCACCAGGCAGUGUUUUAUAAUGUAAAUGUAUAGAUGAUUAUUUUAAUUAAGCAUUCCAGUGUUUUAUGGUCACUGAGUACUCGGGUGUCCGACUGCACUUAUGUGGUUUUUAGUCUGUUGUCUAACGAGAGGAAUACUAUUGUAGUGUUGCAUCUGACUGUGCAUUUCUUUGUCAAGGAAUGUUUUUUUUUAUUUUGUUACUGACACAAUACAGAGAAAAUAACACUCCUUUUAAAA